CGAUCCCUAUUAUAAGAACAGUCAUGUGAUGUGAGAUUGCCCGUCCGCGUCUUCUUAGUUAUUAAUAAUAAAGAGUUGGCUUUCUCAUCCAGGUAUGGUGUUCUACUACCAAAUACCAAUACAAGAGUUGACUCUCGUAUUCUCAUUCAUAUAUCUUCAUAAGAUAUCGAUCUGUGAUCUAUAAGUUAGCCAUACUCCAGAAAAAGAAAAGCUCAUCAUCUACUCAGCCUUUAAUAUCAUCAUAUACUGAAAGAGAGUUUCGCUCACUUGAACAAUCUGCUUUCAGUACUCCUCCCUACCACAAUAGUCUUUUGGUCUUACUCUGAUCAUUGUUCUACGUACUGCACUUAUUCUCGAAUUUAAAAGCCAAUCAAAAAAGAAAAUUUAGUAUUGCCUUUAGAGUUUAGAGUUUAGACUACCUUUUGUCCAAAAAAAAAAAAAACUUCCUGUUAUUCUCACUUUCAUUUUGAUCUUGCAUGUUUACACACUUUCUGUUGAUUCUAUUCGUACUCAAUCCCGUGUCAAGAGCAAAGGAUUUGAAGAGCGACCAGCUUCGGUAACAAGUCGAUCACAAGCAAAAGAUCGAGAUUCGAGAUAGACGAGAUCCAUUCAAGUGAAGGAAUUUGAAAACUGAAUAGCAUUCAUAAAUCAUUACAAAAAGAGAUAUAUAGGGAAUGGAGUUUCUUUCAAAGAUUGCCGACUACACGAUUGAACCUGUUGUACGUCUACUGGGACGCCAAGCGGGUUAUGUAAUUCACUGCAAAACCAAUCUCCAAAAUUUGCAAGCUAAAGUGGACGAAUUGAAAGCAGCCAGACAGGCAGUAGAGAAUAAGAUUGCUGAAGCCGAAAGAAAAGGUGAAGACAUUCAACCUGAUGUCCAGUUGUGGCUGACAAAAGUGGGUCAGAUCACUGCACGGACAGACGAAUUGUUGAAUGAUGAAGGCCAAGCACAGCUGAAAUGUUUCCAUGGAUUUUGUCCUAAUCUUACUGUCCGUCAUCAGCUAAGCAGGAAAUCAACAAAGUUGGUACAGGAGGUUGUUGAACACCAUGAAAAAAGAGGAUUAAUUUCCCAAGUUUCUUGCGGUAUUCUCCGGAAAGAGGUAUGGAGUGUAACGACCGGAGAUUACCAGGCUUUUCAAUCAAGGAUGUCAAUUGUGAAGGAAAUCAUGGAUAGUCUGAAAGACUCCGAUAUUCAUAGGAUGGGGGUGUGUGGAAUCGGAGGAGUUGGUAAAACCACAUUGGUCAAAGAAGUUUACAAGCAAGCUUCAGAAGAUAAAGAGUUAUUUGAUAAUGUGGUGAUCCUAUUAGAUGUGAAAAGUAAUCCAGACCCGGAAGCAAUUCAAAAGAAGAUUGUUGAAAAGUUGGGCAUGGAGCUUCUUCAAACUGAAACUAUAGAAGGAAGAGCGAGUCGGCUAUGUGCCAAGAUACAGGGCAAAAAGAUUCUUAUCAUUUUGGAUGAUGUUCAAGAAAAGAUUGAGUUGGAGGAUAUGGGAGUUCCCCGUCUCCCAACUUGUAAAAUUUUGUUGACAUGCAGAACUCGAGAAGUUUUAUCACUUGACAUGCAGGCGAACAAAGUGUUUCAGCUUGAUCUUUUAGGUAAAGAAGAGACAUGGAGUUUGUUUACGAGGAUGGCAGGAGAUGUUGUUGAACAGAAUGGUCGUGUGCGAGAUGUAGCAAUCCAAAUAGCCCAAAAAUGUGGAGGUUUGCCAUUAUUAGUUGUCACAGUUGCUAGUGCUCUAAAAGAGAAAAAGAAAUUACAAGCAUGGAAAGAUGCCUUGAGACGACUUAAAAAUUUUGAUAAAGAAGAGUCGACAAAAAAAGCAUAUUUGGCUUUGGAGUGGAGUUAUGAUCAACUGGAUGACAAGGAGCUUAAACCAAUAUUCUUGCUCUGCGGAAUGAUAGUGAUGCGGAACGAUAUUUGUUUGCAAGACAUGCUGAAAUAUGGUAUGGGUUUAGGCUUGUUUAAAAACAUCUCUACGGUGGAAGAAGCACAGGAUUCCAUGGAUACGUUUAUCGAAAAACUAAAAGAUUCUUGCUUGUUGCUAGACGGUGAAACUGAGGGAUGGGUCAGAAUGCAUGAUCUUGUAUGUGAUGUUGCUAAAUGGAUCGCACGCAGAGAUCAAUACAUAUUAUCAGUAGAAUAUAGAGGUGAGUUGAAGGAAUGGCCAGGAAAGGAUUUCCUGAAAAAGUGCACUAAAAUCUUUCUCCCAAGUAGCAAUAUUCCCACACUUCCUGAAAUACCCUUGGAAUGCCCAAAACUAGAAUUGUUUCAUUUGAACAGUAAAGAUGACUCGGUGGUAAUUCCAUCGAACUUUUUUAAUGAGAUGCAGAAACUCAAAGUGCUGGAUUUAACCAACAUGUGUAUGCCAUCAUUGCCUUUAUCUCUUCAAUACUUGAAGACGCUUCAAACGUUGUGCUUAGAUCUAUGCACUCUGGGAGAUAUAACUCUACUCGGGCAGCUAAGUAGCUUAGAAAUUCUUAGCCUUUUAAAAUCCGAUGUUGAAGAACUGCCUAGAGAAAUAGGGCAAUUGACUCGUCUUCGGUUGUUGGAUUUAUCUGAGUGUUCACAACUUGAAGUGAUCGCACCUACUGUCAUAUCAAGCUUGGUGAAAUUGGAAGAUUUGAGAAUGAGAAACAGCUUUAACAAAUGGGAGAUAGAAGGUGAAAAAGGUAAUGCAAGCCUUUCUGAGUUAAAGCAUUUGUUACAGCUAUCCGCAUUAGAAAUACAUAUUCCGAAUGCUGACUUUCUUCCAGCAAACUUGUUCUCCCACAAGUUAGAGAGAUAUAAUAUUGUUAUUGGAGAUGCAUGGGUUAAGAGACAUUUUUGGGAGAAACCUAUGGCUAGAACGAGCCUUAACACACUGAAACUCAAGCUCACUAACAACAAUAUUAUGGGAUUGGAUGAAGGCCUAAAAUGGUUGCUGAAGAGAUCUGAGGACUUGUCCUUAGAUGAGAGUGUUAUUAAUAUUGUCCAGCAAAUGGAUACCAAAGAUUUUGAGAAUGUGAAACGUCUCCGACUCCAAAACAAUAUUGACUUUACAUAUAUCAUUAAUAGAAAGGUUGUAUUCCCAUAUCUAGUAACCUUGGAGGUGCAUGGAUGUGAUAAUUCAAGAUUUCUGUUCUCAUUUUCUAUGGCUAAAAGUUUUAUACUACUCAAACACCUGAAAAUAUCCACAUGUGAACUUCUACAAGAGGUUGUAUCAUCCACAAGAGCAUGCGGUGAAGAAAAUAUGGAUGAAAUGUUUUCUAAACUUAACACUUUGGAACUCGAAGCACUUCCAAACCUUGCUAGAUUUGGUACAGGAAAUUAUAUUGAAUUUCUGGCCUUGGAAGAAUUGAAGAUAGAUAAUUGUGUUAAAUUGGUGGAAUUCAUUGGUGAUAAAGUUGCUACGAGUAGUAAAGAUACUAGAAAUUGCCAGGAAAUUGAACAGAGGGUUUUGGAAGAGGAAGAAAACCUUGAUGUUAAGAGAGAGAUUGGUGUACAAUAUAUCCUCUUUGACAAAAAGGUUGUAUUCCCAAAUUUAGUAACCUUGACAGUGCAUGGAUGCGAUAAUUUAAGAUUUUUGUUCUCAUUUUCUAUGGCUAGAAGUCUUGUACUACUCGAAGACCUGAAAAUAUCCUCGUGUGAAUUUCUGCAAGAGAUUGUAUCAUCAACAAGAAAAUGUGGUGAAGAAAAUAUGGAUGACAUGUUUUCUAAACUUAAUAUUUUGGAACUUGAAGCACUUCCAAACCUUGCUAGAUUUGGCAUAGCAAAUUAUAUUGAAUUUCCGGCCUUGGAAGAAUUGGAGAUAAAAGAUUGUGUUGAAUUGGUGGAAUUCAUUGGCGCUAAAGUUGCUACGAGUAGUAAAGAUACAAGAAUCUGCACGGAAAUUGAACAGAGGGUCUUGGAACAGGAAGAAAACCUUGAUGUUAACAGCAAGACUGUUGUACAAUAUAUCCUCUUUGACAAAAAGGUUGGAUUUCCUAGCUUGGAGAGAUUGAGCAUCGACGGGGCAAGGGAGUUGAAGGCAAUAUGGCAUGUCCAACUUGCUCGAGACUCUUUUCGGAGACUCAAGCAAGUUGAUGUUCAGGAAUGCAACAAUCUAAUAAGUUUGUUUCCGCCUAGUGUCAUGGGAAGAUUGAAUGCCCUGGAAACUUUGAAGAUAUGGUGCUGCGGAUCACUAGAAGUGAUAUUUGAAUUACGCGGAAGAAGUAACGUUAAAGAAAUACAGGUCGACACAUCAUUCCCUCAUGACCAAUUGGAACAUUUUGAUUGUCAAAAUCUUGAUUCAAUAAACAUCUACAAGUGUCAUAGUUUGAAACAGAUUUUCCCAGCCUCAGUGGCCAGAGGUCUUCAAAACCUUACUCAGUUGGAUGUGGACAAAUGUGAUGCAAUUGAGGAAAUUGUUGGUGAGGAAGAGGAAAAAGAAGGUCUAGAAACAAUACCUCCUCAUUUUGUGUUCCCAAAAGUAACAUCAGUGAAGUUGAAGAAUCUGCCUCAACUUACGAGUUUCUAUCCCAAAACACAUGCUUCCCAGUGUCCAUUACUUGUACAAUUGAAAGUGGUGAGAUGUGAUAAAGUGGGAAUAUUUGCCGCAGAAUUUUCAUUCUCUCAAAAGAAACCUGAGAUGAAUCAUCUAAUGUCACAAUCACCUUUCUUUUCAAUCAACGAGGAUUCAUUCCUCUACUUGGAAGACUUAGAAUUGAGUGACAUGGAAAUUUGGAAUGGACCAACCCCGGAAAAUCCGUUGGUGUUUGGUAAAUUAAAAUCAAUUACCUUUCGUGGGAGUCGUGCACCUUUCUCCAAGCAAGCUUCAGUCAUUUUCCUCCAGAGAUUACAAAAUCUUGAAGAAAUUGAAAUUGACAAUUGUUCUUGGGAAGCAAUAUUUGUCAAUCAAGGAAUUAGUACUGGGGAAGAAAAACAUGAUGAUGGAGUUAGGAGUGGGGGCCUCCCGCGUGUAAGGAUUUUGAGCCUCGAGAGUAUGGACGAACUGAUGCAUCUAGGGAAUGACAACUCCCAAUCACUACUUUUUCCAAAUUUGGAAACUCUUAAGGUGUCGCUCUGUACCAGAUUAAGGAGUCUGGAGUCAUAUGCAAUAUUCUUCCGAAAUCUAACAACUUUGACAAUAUUUGCUUGUGAUGGAUUGGGAUAUUUAACAAGUUAUUCGGUGGCUAAAAGCUUAGUGCAACUCACGACAUUGGAAGUGAUCCGGUGUGAUAGAAUUGUAGUAAUUGUCUCAAGCAACGGAGAUGAUGAUGCUGAUGCAGCAGGAAAUGAGAUCGCUUUCAGCCGCUUGCAGCAUUUGGAGCUUACUGGUCUACCAAGUCUACAAGGCUUUUGCUCCGGAAAUUGUACACUCAAAUUCCCAUCCUCCAUAACCUUAGAAGUAGAAGACUGCCCCAUCAAGUUGAAGAUUUCCCCUGAAGGAGUUCUCGUGACAGAGAUAGACCAUCAAUUUCAGCAAAACAGAGUUGACUAUGAUAGUGAUGAUGAUGAGGAGGAGGAUGUUGAAAAGGCUGAGAGAAAUCCCGAAAUAUUAUCAGAAGGGCCUGCUAGCUAGUUGCCUGCCGAAACUGGUGUUGCAAGACUCCAUUUCAAAAUCUUAUGCUGUUAUCGGCGCCCUUAAUGUACGUAGCUGCUGAUCUUAAUCUUGCAAAGCUGUCUCUCAACUUCCAGCGGAAAGUUCACAAGGCUAGCUCACCUAUCUGAGUGGAAUAUUCUGCCCCUAUUGUGUUUGACUAAGCGCUUACGCAUAUGCAUUCAUUAUCUAUUCAGUGUGUCAUUUGGCUUUUAACUGACUUGUAAUAUAAGUCUGAUUUUCUUCUUCAUAGAGGGAGAGUGAUUGUUAUUGGUGCUCUGCUCUCCCUGAGUGUGCCUUUGCUCCUGCCGGGCUGGGACAAAUAAACACUUUGUGAUCCAUAGAACUGCUCUUUCGUUUGGAUUGCAUUUUUCAGACA